CGGUGAGAAAUCUUUUAAUGACUUGAAGAAUUACAAUCUAGAUUUGGAUUUAGAGUAAAGUAGACGAUUGAAAGUCUUAUCGAUAUUGGCGGAACUAUUCCGAGCUGUCUUUCAUUUAAAUUCCAAGACACUCAAAACUCAAUCAACUCACCCGUCUUAUACAACCAAAAACAAUGUACACCCUCAACAACAUCGACCAGCACCACUUCUCCGGCCUAGAAGACGUCUACGUGCUCGAGGCGCACCGAACGACCUCGGGGCUCGCCACCGUGGCCUCGGACCAGACGCUGUCGCUCUUCAACCCGGCGCGGCUCGGGACGGGGCCUGUGGCGAGGCUCAGGACGGAGCACGGCAACGUGACGACGCUGCGGGUGUUUGACGCGGGGACUUCGGUGGUUUGCACGGCUGGCGAGAAUGGGAGUGUGGGAGUGUGGGAUUUGAGGCAGGGGGCGCGGGUUGCGCAGUUUACUGCAGCCGGCCAAGCAUCUAUCCUGUCCAUGGCUUGCAGUGCGAGCACGCAGACCAUCGCCGUGGGCACCGAGCUGGAGAACCACGCAGCUACAAUACACCUCUGGGACGUCCGCUCCAACCCCUCCCCAAAGGCAACCUACUCCGAAGUCCACAGCGACGACGUCACCUCCCUGGCCUUCCACCCGUCCCAGCCGUCGCUACUCGUCUCGGGCUCGACCGACGGCCUCGUCAGCGUCCACGACACAACCAUCCUCGACGAGGACGAGCUCACCGUCCAGACGCUCAACCACAACGCCUCCAUCCACGACGCUGCCUUCCUCAACAGCACGGAGCUCUUCGCGCUGUCUCAUGAUGAGAGCUUUGCGCUGUAUGAUGUUGCUGAUGAGCGCGAGACGGGGGAUGCGGCGCAGGACUUUGGGGAUUUGAGAAAGGUGCUUGGGUGUCAGUAUGUGGCGAAUGUUACGACAAAGGUGGAUGGUAGCGGUGCGAUUCUGGGUGCAGGGGCUCAAGACAAAGAAAACUUUGAGCUCGUCUUCCUGGCCAAGGCGGCGGAUGGCUCGUGGGCUCUGGAUCUCGCCAACAAGGUCGUCUUGCCGGGGGCUCACGGCAGCGAGAUUGUGCGAUCUUUUUGCUUCUUUGAUGAUGAGCAGGUUGUGUUUACGACGGGAGAGGAUGGAAACGUCAAGGCGUGGAGGGCAGGUUAAACUUGCGGAUAUUUAGACGAGAUAAUACAAAAUGUUUCUUUUUUGUUUGGCAUUGGGUGGGGAUUUUCAUUUUGAUUCUUUAUAUUAUGGUAGAAGUUCCUAUUUGAUGGAAGUGUUUGGACACUUGGAAUGGCUUAUCCCUCUUUUCUUUUCUGGCAUCAACAGUAUAUAUUCAGUGUGAUAUACACAAGCCAAACUUGUCAUGCUGUUGCCCCAACUUGAUCGCGAUUCGCAAGAUCCUUAGUGAUCUGGUCGCUAUUGCAUUGCAUAAG